AACACAGCUGAACCAAACAUGGCCCACGUCAUAUCGGGAGAUUCAACACGCUAUUUGUGACUUGUGAGAGCAAACCACACCAGUCACCAGCCUCAUUGCCUCAACCCCAAACCAAUCCGUCGCAGACACUCAAGGUCGCAGGAUGCCGCCGCCGCGUGAGCACCACCAGCCCCAGGACGAAGAGGACGACGAUACCGCAGGCGUUGUCAAGCUCAUCAGCGCCGAGGGCUUCGAAUUCGUUGUUGACAGGAAGGCCGCCAUGGUCUCCAACACCCUCCGCAACAUGCUCACAUCCCCAGGCGGCUUCUCUGAGACGCGCCAGGGCGAGGUCCGCUUCCCAGAGAUCCCCACCAACAUCCUCGAGAAGAUCUGCCAGUAUUUCUAUUGGUCGCUCCAUUACUCCAGUGGGAAGGAGACAGCGGAGUUUCCAAUCGAACCGGAGAUAACCCUGGAGCUUAUGAUGGCCGCAAACUAUCUGGACACUUGAUGAGGAGCCUGAGGGAUUUGAUCUGAUCUGAUCCGAUCCAGUGUGGUCUGGCACAAUGUAAUGUAAAGGUGGGAGGGAAGCAGAAACCAAGGAAUACAUUUUGCAAUCUACAGUGUGUGCUACUAUCAACUCUUGGUAGUGUUUUGUUGUCUCCUGGGAGGCCGUGACUGCUGCUGCUGUUUGAUGUAUGUAUUACUUUUUGCUUUGGACGGUUCCGAUGGAAAACCGAACGGAGACGCUUUGAUAUAUUGUUGCUGAA